GCUGACAGUACUGUUAUUGUACAAUGAUUUCUAAAGGGAUUGGUAAACCCUGCAUUUUUAGUUCAGCUGUAUUUAAGCAAGAUAUAUUAAAUAUCAUUUAGUUUCCUAACAACUGGAAAGUUAUGUUGACAAGUUUGAAAGAUGGCAAAAUCCUUCUUUUUUGUCUUUAUUCUUGCAAGCUGGACAUUUGCUGUUGCAGCUCAGAAUGAAGACCGACGCGACUAUGCUCCUGACUUUCAAAACAUUCCGCAGCAAGCUAUCCAAGCCCCCACAGCUGAACGUUUUUCGCCACUUUACACUCAAAGAGCAGGAGGACCUUCCAAUGAUCAUAUGUGCGACCGUGUCACUGCCGUGCCGAGCCAUCUAACAUUCAUUACCAAGUACAGUUUUUACCAGAAAUACACGCAUGCAUACGGGAUACCAAUCGUUAGUUCACGUUACGUAUCCGAUGCUGCUCUAAAGCGCGCUUGCUACGUCCUGAGGUUCCUCCUGGCUGAUUCAUAUAAAAUCCGAUAUCAUCUAUACAAGAAUUACGGAAGAGUUGGAAUAAUUGGCGCUAGAGAAGGUGUGCGAAGUAUCCCGGAGCAUAGCUACUUGCCAUCUUGGUGGGAUCAACGUGCAAGGGGGCUUGGUGGUACCCUUGCGAUCCCAAUUUCAACAGGGGGCGAAGAGAAUCUGCUGUGCUGGUCUACUGAUAGAUACAGAGUGGAAGACAUUUUCCUGCAUGAAUUUUCACACGGUAUUCAAGAGAUCGCAAUAACGGCUGGAGCUAUCCCAGGAUUCAACUCCCGUUUGCAGUCUGCUUAUUACUACGCGAGGUCACGAGGGCUUUGGGCAAACACAUAUGCUAUGAGCACUUGGAAGGAAUACUUCGCGGAGGGUGUUCAAAGCUACUUCAAUGUAAAUGCCUACGCGAAUCCACCUAAUGGAAUACAUAACUCUAUCGAUACGCGCGACAAACUGAGAAGAUAUGACCCCACGUUAUAUGGGCUUGUUAGAGAAGUCUUUCCAUGUGGAAAUAUCAUCACGGACAGGUGUGACAAAUCUGGGAGGGUAAUACCGUUCAAGAUGGACUGUGACAGCACAGGUGCUGGGUCAACAGUUGGGCCCUCUACAACUUUCACACCCAUUGUCAAAACACAACCAAAUACAACAACAACAACAACAACAACAACAACAACAAUAACAGAAACAGGAACAACAAUAACAGCAGAAACAACAACAGCAGCAGCCACAACAGCAGCAGCCACAACAACAAUAACGACUACGAAGAAAGCAAGUACAGAAUCACCCACAGCUUGUUCUGAUAAACACUACUACUGCUCUAGCUGGGCUAGAAAUGGUGAAUGUACAAGAAAUCCCAUUUACAUGCACGCUACAUGCCCAAAAAGCUGCGGGAAAUGCGGAGUAGGCAGCACCUGCUUCGACUCAAAUGAAUACUGCCAAUUAUGGGCCAAUGCGGGACAUUGUCAAAUAAAUCCUGGCUGGAUGCUCCAGAAUUGCAAGAAAAGCUGUAAUGUUUGUUCACAAACUCAGAACAUACGAUGGGUUGUUAAAAAUUAUUAAUCGAAUAAAUGUUUAUUAAAUAAAAAGAGCAAUUCAUCAAAAGGAUGA